AUGUAUUAUGUUGGAGUUUUUUACAUAAUAAAUUUACACAACAUUUUAAAUACCAUGUACCUAACCGAUUUCUUAAUUUUCAGGUCUAACUACGAAUAUUCAUCCGGUUCGGACUCCCAACUGCCGCUGGCGCCUACGUCUGCGCUAAAAGUGUUGAAAAAGAAGCCUGCGAGCAAGAGGAAGCCGGCGGAGUCGACCCCAACGCCUACUAGUUCUAAAAAGAAGUCGCGUUCGAGCGCCAACGACGAGGCAGGCGCGACCGCAACGUAUUCAUCGAGUACUGGCCCUGGAGGACUCUUCGGGUUUGAGACGGGAGCAACUUCGGGGACGUCGAAGUCUGCAGUGCUGCAGACUUAUUUGACCAGCCGCGUCCCCAACGGUCGAGUGCGCCGGGAGCUCGUCAACCAGUCUGGCGAGUACUAUAUAGAGUUCCGGGUGUAUAACACCGAGAAAGCUGUUGCCUCUAAACCAGAUCAGCGGUGGAAAGAGGCUGAAGUUACUCUUAAAGUAAAGUUAGAUCGGGGGACUCCGCAGUGGGAGAAAAUGCAAUCGUUUAUGCAGCGGAUUCAUAAUUUAUUUGAAGAUUGUGAGCCCGUCUUCAUAAGCGAAUAGUAAUAAGUACCUACUACUCAGGUACUUAUUACAACCUUUUCUCUCACUGCUGCUGUUCAUUGAUAUAACUUCACUUUAAGAUACUUAGUAGUUUUUUCCACUGAAUUUUCAACCAAAUACCUAUGAAAUUAUAAUUGUAAAUCAUACAUUCAUUGUGUAUAUUGCAAUUUUAUGUCGUUAGCGUAUGAAAGGCGAGGCAUUUUCUUUGUAUAUUUAAAGUAUACUUAUCAAAAAUGGUGUUUUGUACAGUUUGUAAAGUCUCUGUAGAUCGUGUUCAUUGGAUGGGGCAUUUACGAAGCACUAACCAUAAAAAUAAAAAUAUUUCUCCUUUUAGCGACGGGAUUGAAUUAAUUGAGUCCGCAUUUCGCAACCGAAUAGCUUCAUACAGAAUAUUAUCACCAGAUUUGGAUGGUCAUAAUUCUUUAGAUCGGUUUCUUGAUGAUAUAAAAAAUAAAAUCAAAACAUUAAUUGAUUUGUCUCUCAAGGAAAAUGACUGUAUAAAACUCAAUUUUGAACAUUUUGCUGUU